GGGGGCGUGGCCUGGGGUGGUUAUGUUAAUGAGGGGGCGUGGUCAGGAAACGGCAGCGUCUUCACGGAGCGCGCCGGAAGUGACGUCACAGCAGCGCCGCCGCCGCCAUGCCGCCCGCCGCUCUCGCCGCCCGCUCCCUCCUGCGCUCCGCGCUCCGGCCCGGCCCGGCCCCGCGCGGCCUCGUCUCGGGGGCCUCCGCAGCACCCCCUGGGCCUGGCGGAGAGCGCCGUGGGCUUCGUGGCCAUGUUCGUCUCCUUCCUCGGCCCCGCCGCCUGGGUGCUCGCGCACUUCGACGACUACAAGAAACGGGAGUGAAGCCCGCGGGCCCGACCGCCGCCGCUCCGGACCAACCCCGCCGGGACCAGCGGGGAGCGCCGGGACCACCGGGGAUGGCCGGGACCAGCGGGGAUCGCAGCCCCCCCCCAGGAGCCUCCCCGUCCCCCCCGCCCCAAUAAAGGCCGCGGAUUUCCGCC